UUAAGUGCGUUCAUUCAGCAGGUGGGGGGCCUCCACCUGCUGAAUGAACCCUGUCAGUGUCAGGGAGUACCAUGGGCUACGGGUGGGCUCAGCCCUGCUCAGCAUCGUGGCCGGCUGCAUCAUCAUCGGUGUGUCCAGGGAAUGCGAUGCUGAUGCUGUAGGAGGCAUUUUCCUGGGAGCUGGAGGCCUCGGUGAGUGUGUAGGGAACUUUUUUGAGGAGCAGCUCAUCCAGUGUGGGACAGGCCUGCUCAUAUCAAUCUAUCCCUUCAUAAAAGCCUGGCUGAACAUCAACCACAUUCUUCCAUUCUUUGGAAACUUCAGAGUGCAUCCCAUGGCAACUAAUCCUGCUCCUGAUCAACCAGCUGAGACACUAGCACGAGAGGGAACUCAAAUCCAACUGGAGCCCUCUAAGAGUCGGAUGGGAACCUUUGUGGGGGGCGGACCAGUAGCUGGACCCAACCCAGAGGAGGGGACUUCUUCAGACAUGCCAGACGUCUUAUCGAGACGGAAACUGAAGCAAUCACCCACUGAACAAGACCCUCCGUGAUGUCACCAAAGGAUACGACUAACCAAUAAAGACAUCCGUUCCAGUUGAUGACAAUUGUUGUUUCAUCUGAGCUGUUGGUUGAGGCCAUCUCAUUGUGUUUAUACUACGGGGCCUAA